AUGGCAGCCUCUUUCACCGCCCUGCACGCUCUAGGCGAGCCACCCCUCCCUCGGUCCAAACCACGGGUAGCGAUCACCGGCAGCCUAGGCAAGCUCCGCCAGCCAACAACGCUCGAGCUUCUCCAACACGGCUGGGAGGUCGUAGUGCUCGACCGUCGCCUACCACAGGAGGGGGAGCGGGUAGAAGGGGUGAAGUACGUCCAGCUGGAGAUGUCGGAUUUUGGGCAGGUGGCAGAGACGUUCCGAGAGGUAGAUUCGCAAUAUAAAGGACUCGACGCUGUCGUGCACCUUGCCGCCCUUCCUGUGAUCGGGCAGGCCGCCUCCUCUCACCAGUUCAAGAACAACACCCUCUCGACAUAUCAUGUCCUCGAAGCGACACGCCAAGCAGGGAUCAAGAAAUUAGUGCUAGCGUCGAGCGAGACGCUCCUCGGUCUUCCACUCGAUCCUCAUCCGCCGGAGAGCUUGCCGUUCACGGAAGAGAGCGAGAGGAGACCGGAGAGCGCGUAUUCGCUCGGGAAGCUGGUGGGGGAGGUGAUGGCAGAACAGUACGCGCGGUGGGACCCGCUCCUCAGCGUGUGCAGUUUGAGGUUCUCCCUGAUAUGUGCACCGGAGGAGUAUGCGGAAUUCCCUAGCUGGCAGGGGGAUCCAAGGGCGUUCCCAGAGGGGAAUUGCUGGAGUCACGUCGACGCAAGAGAUGGAGCACAAGCGAUCCGCCUCGCCCUCUCCUCUCUCAAAGGUCAUCACAUCUUCCUAAUCACCUCCUCAACGACAUGCAUGUGCACCCCUUCUUCCGAGCUCGUGCGCACGCUCUACCCGGGUGUACCGUAUGAACCGGUAGCGGGGAGAGGAGAGAACCAGACGCUGCUGAGUAUCGAGAAAGCCAGAAGGGUGCUAGGGUAUGAGCCGCGGUGGAACUGGGAGGAGGAGGUAGAGCGACUCAGAAAGGAGGGAAUCAUCCCCUAG